AAAUAUACAAUAUAAUGCUUUAAAAUCAUUGAUUUACUAAUAUACAAUUUAUCAAGUGGAUAGUUUUUAUUGCAUUUUUACUUUCUUUACAGAAAUUUUCAGACAUAAAAAUGCACAUAGUCUAUAAAAAACAAAUACGUCGAAAAUGCACAAGUUAUUAUCCAAUAACAUGAGAACGGUUCAUGCGUUGCUGAAAUUAAUAACAAAUGCAUAUACUAACAAGUAUUUUACUUUUUUUAAACGUAAUUUUUAUUAAACUUAAUUUGCCCUUAACCUUCAUUCAGUAUGCAGUCUGCGUUGACUAGGUCCACACCCGCUGGAUCCUCGUGUUCUGCGCCAUCAUCUGCAUUUUUCUACUGAAAUAUUAAACGACGUGAGAAACUCCGACGUGUCUACGGAGAUUUCGAUGUCUUGACUUUGAAUUAGAAUUUAAAGGAGUAGAAAAAAAAUAGAAAAAUGGCUUGUUUUCAAUGCUUAUGAUCCUUUUCAACGCACAAACAUAUACUAUUUUGUUUUAAGAAAUGGGACGUUAUGCACACUAAUAUGCACGUCUUUGCAUCAAUUUCAAGUCCUUGUUCUAGGUGUCGCUGUUGACCACGUCUAAAACUUCAAGUCGUGUAUCAAUGCGUCCACGUGAUGGGGAAGAGCCUGCGUCUCAAGGCCAUUUUCAAAUUUCAUUGGUGAGAAUGUCAUGUGGUUGAACAGAGACUCUCUGGUUUACACAGGGAUUGUUUUGCUAGAUAUGUCAGCUUACAGAGGACACCUCUCUCCUUCGUAAAAAAAAUCUUCAAAAUGUCCUUUCCCAACAGCUCUCCUGCUGCCAACACGUUUUUGGUAGACUCUUUGAUUGGGGCGUGCAGAACAGAUUUCUACUCCAGCAGUAACAUGUACAUGCCAUCCACUGCAGAAAUGGGAACCUAUGGAAUGCAAACCUGUGGACUCCUGCCGUCUCUUGGCAAACGUGGGGAAGUAAACCACCAAAACAUGAGCGUGAAUAUCCACUCGUACAUACCUCAAACUGAUAACUGGGCAGACCCGAGUAGGUCCUGUCGGUUAGAGCAACCGCUUAACCAGAUGCCCACCUGCACAUUUUCACAGAAUAUAAAAGAAGAGACAAACUGUUGUAUGUACUCCGACAAGCGAGCAAAAGUCAGCUCGUCUGAGAUACCUGCGUACUCCAACCUGAUUCCCGAACCGUGCUCUGUUGAUAGUCCCGAGAUUCCGGUACCCGGCUAUUUUAGACUAAGCCAAACUUAUGCGACGGCGAAAAACCAGGAUUAUGACAACGAGACGAUGAGCCCAAGCGCUACGUUAAUGCUGCUGAACAGAGUGACUCCUAAAGCCCAGUCAACGCCCUUUGUCGAGGUGAACAAGAAGGUGCCGCACGAACGCGACACCAGCAGCUCGUCCCCGGCGCCGAGUCCACAGCCCAAAGCCAACGCGCAGGAGGACAAGAUCUGCUCCACUGAGGCGUCUGUCUCUAGCCCCGAACUGCCACACAGAGAAGGAAAAGAGUCCAAAAGCGAUACACCGACAAGCAACUGGUUGACUGCGAAAAGUGGAAGAAAGAAACGAUGUCCAUACACAAAGCACCAGACCCUGGAAUUAGAAAAAGAGUUUUUAUUCAAUAUGUACCUGACUCGGGAGCGCCGUCUAGAGAUCAGCAAAAGCGUCAACCUUACUGACAGACAAGUGAAAAUCUGGUUUCAAAACCGCAGGAUGAAACUUAAGAAAAUGAGUAGAGAAAAUCGCAUUCGUGAACUGACCUCUAAUCUCACCUUUUCGUGAGCAUGCAAACACGAUCCAAAAUGCACCCCUCUUUUAGGCCUAUUUAUGUUCUCACAUAAUGAAAACGUGAGGACGACGAGCAUUGUUUUGUUUACUUUCACGUUCCGGUAUUGUAAUUGUUGCUACGUCCUUGUGAUUUGUUGCUACAUCCUUGAUAGGAUUUAAAAUGUGAAGCGUUGUGUAUUUUGAAUAUCUUUCACAGGGUAUACAACAAAUGAUGUUUGGUCUUAAUUUAAGAAAAAGACGAAAGACAGACUGUUCAGAUUACAUUUCCAGUGGCGACAGAACGAAAAGUCAUGGCUUUGGACAUGAGAGCACAUUUAAAAGUGAAGAGUGUCCAUUUCUUCCACCAGUGAAAACCAUCAUCUAUCUGAAAUGAUUGCGUAUAUAAUUCCUGUAAAAUGUAUGUUUUUAUGUCUAUAUCAGUGCAUGUUUGUGGCAUGUUGUCAGUGGACUAAUAAAUUAAUAAUGUAA